AUGACCGUCGAUAGACGCCCUGACCUUCCUCCGGAGCUAUGGAUGCGGAUUUGCGAGCUGGCAUGCUCGAGUGACGAUGGAACCACAGCACUUUCGCUAUCGCAAACAUCGAGAGACUUCUAUAACCAUGUUCGGCCCUCACGCUAUCAUUGCGUGGCACUGACCGGGUGGAAGCAGGUGGUCCGCUUCGAGAGGCAGUUCCACUCGGACAGUGUACUCCCUCAACACAGGAGGAUCCACAACCUUUGCGUUGAUCUCCCCAGUAUUGAUGAGGUGGUGUAUACCGAGGAUACGUUCGAACCCGAGGACGAAGGAGAAGAUGAAGAUCCAAGCUACGUGCCUUUCGACGAUGAAUUUGAAGAAAAUGCAGAAGAGCGUUCAUAUGAGGAAGACGACGACUCCGCCUCUUCGACUAGCGAUGAUUCCGAUUACUACGAAUACCGGGUUCUCACACCAGAUGAAUUGGACGCUGAGGACCACGAUGGCGAGAUCUCCACCAUUCUAGAUGAGGCGGAAUACAACUUAUAUUCGGGACUUCGGCGCAUACUCGAAACUGCCGCCCCUACACUCAAGAUUCUCUACAUUCACUACGCACCACAGACAUCGUUUCUCUUCGACGCCCUCUUCCCCAUACUUCCUAAUCUGGAGAUCCUUUACAUCUCCAGGGGACCCUCCCUCUUUGGCGAUAAUGGAGGAAGUCUCAACAAGUGGUACAGUCGGGAGAGGAUGAAGUUGCCCCGAUGUCCCGUUUUAUUUCCGCGAAUUAUAGAAGCGAUUAUCCUGGAAACUGGCCCGACGUGGACAGACCAGGAGAGGCGGGAUUUUAUGGAUGCUACGGCGCAUAUUCUACCCAAUCGACGCAGAGAGGUCGCUUCGGCUCAAUCAGACGAUCGUUACGAGCUAGACGGCGGUGCCCAAAGGCUAUACUACAGACCUGGCGAUCAACCACUGCUGAAUCUGAAGGUCCCGUGGCUUCAAGCUCUCACAGGAAAUGUCACGUUCGGGUAG